AUGGCCGACGCAGAGGAAAAGGCCCGCAAGGAGAAGAUUGCUGCGGCCAAGAAGCGCGUUUGUGUUGAGGAAAUGAAGAAGAAGAAGAACAAGAAGGCCACUGCAACCAAGCAAACAAAGCCAGAAUCAGCCGAAAGCCCUGCGCCCGAAUCCGCCGCAGAAAAGGCCGACGUUACCCCUGCAAGCGACAAGAAAGCUACUAAAGAACCGGUCGAGAAGCAGACAGAAGACAAGCCACAAGAGCCGCCUGCCAACAAAGCAGAGAAGCCGCUCAAGAUUGAAACGAAAGAGGAAGACGAUAGCGAUAGUGACAGCGACAGCGACAGCGAAAGUGAUGAUGAUGAUAACUCGCCUUCAGCUACGCCCUCACUGGCUCAGCAGUCGAAGCUGAGAUCUACAUCAUUCCGCGCCGGCGCUAUUGCCACUGGAGGUGCUGCGUCUCCCAGCCCUUUCAGCCCCGACGGAGAAACUGCGCCAGAUAUCUACAGAAAGCAUAUGGCCCGAAUUGAAGAGCUGGAGAACGAGAACAAGCGAUUGUCUAAAGAGGCCUCAGACUCGGAAAAGAGAUGGCAGAAGGCUGAAAACGAAUUAGCUGACAUCCGUGAGGCCGAUGGUGAAGAAGGCGGAAAGGCAGGCGGCCAUGAAGAUGGCCUCUUGGAUAGCUUGAAAAGUCAGGUCGCCGCACUCCAACGUCAAAACACUCAACUUCAACAACAAGUCUCGCGCGGGCCUGGACAUGGCCACCGUCCGUCCGUAUCGAUGGCCUCACCUCCAGCAGACCUUAAAGCUGAACUGGAGGCCAAGACAGCAACUAUCGAAUCUAUGGAAAUUGAGAUUUCAAAACUUAGAGCACAGGCUGAGCGCCACGCUAGUGGUUCAUCGUCCGAAAAGGAACAAGUUACUGCUCUUGAGGAUAAGCUCGCACGUGCUGAGGCUGCUGCCGGAAAGGCGCAGCGCGAGCUCCAGGAUAUCAAACGCAACCUCGAGAGAACAGCAGAGAAGGCGGUUCGCGAAGGUAGCGAACGAACGAGUGCUGAAACCAAGGUCAAAACACUUGAGCAGGAACUUAUGGAAGUAAAGAACGCACGCAGCGAGCUGGAGAAGAAGGUUGAAGCCUUGGAUAAAAAGGCGUCAACUCUUACUACAUUACACAAGGAUCAAGAUUCUCGUUUGCAAACAAUCAAAAAGGAGAAGGAGAAGGCGGAACAUGACGUCGCCGAACUGCAGGUCAAGGUCGAGAAGCUCGAAAGUGAGAAUACAAAACUCAAAAGCCGCAAGUCAAUGGAGGGAGGUGGCGGGCUGGACGACGAGGGGGUGGAUGAGCUUGAGGACGAGGAACGACAGAAGCUUGAGAGAAAGAUUCGUGCUCUCGAGAGUGAGGUUCAUGAGCUUCGGAGUGGCGCUUGGAUUGGCAAGCGUCGCGAAUUGGAGGCAACUAGUCCGGGCUUCCAAGACGUUGACCUACACACUGGAAAUCCCCUGUCUCCAAGUCACCGUAGGAAGUCUGGCCCCGGGGGUAUCGGCGACUUCUUCACAAGUGGUCUGAAUGCCCUGGCUGGAGGCGGCGACGAUGAGUUCCUCGAGGAUGACGAUAUGGACUUUGAUGAGGAUGCGUUCCGCAAAGCCCAAGAGGAAGAGUCUAAGAGACGGAUCGAGCGGAUCAAGGAGAUCAAGCGAUCGCUUAAGCACUGGGAAGGAUGGAGACUGGAUAUUGUGGAAAACAGAAGAGGUGGCAAUGAAGGUGUCGGUGAGAUAUUUGACGUAUAA